GUAGAGCUAUAGCGGGGGGGAAAAGACUUGUCUCCACAACUUGCUUUACACUAUCUUUUGGCACAAUGGACACUUUUUAAGAGUUUUGCCAGUAAUCAAAAAUCAUCUAGGAACAGGAACGUUGGACUUCAAGGAGUAAGAGGCUUUAAAGAGCUCCUCAGAAUCAGUCACUUAAAACCUGGUUUAACCCUGCAGCUUGGGAAUGAAUACUAUUGAGACCGCAAAACUUGAAGACCAUAUGGAGGGUCAAAACAAUGACUCAGCUAAUGGAUACACACGACCUACUCUCUCAGUCAGCGAGGAGAACAAAAAUGGCAAUAACAAACCGAAGGGCUUGUCGAAUGGCCUGCGAAAAACGGCAAAGAAAUACCCUGAUUACAUCCAGAUUGCUAUGCCUGCUGAAUCCAGGAACAAAUUUCCUCUGGAAUGGUGGAAAACAGGCAUUGCCUUUGUCUAUGCUCUCUUCAACUUGAUUUUAACAACUGUCAUGAUCACUGUGGUCCAUGAGAGAGUACCUCCAAAAGAGCGGAGCCCUCCCUUGCCUGACAAAUUUUUUGAUUAUAUUGAUCGUGUGACAUGGGCUUUUUCUGUAUCAGAAAUAAAUGGAAUGAUACUAGUCGGACUGUGGAUAUUCCAAUGGUUAUUUCUUAGAUAUAAAUCAAUUGUGGGACGCAGGUUUUUUUUUAUAAUAGGAACUUUGUACCUGUACCGCUGCAUUACUAUGUAUGUUACCACCUUACCUGUGCCUGGAAUGCAUUUUCAGUGUGCGCCAAAGUUGAAUGGAGAUUCUCAGGCAAAGGUGCAGAGGAUCCUGCGACUGAUAUCUGGUGGUGGUCUAUCCAUAACUGGAUCUCACAUCUUGUGUGGAGACUUCCUGUUCAGUGGUCACACUGUAGUACUAACACUGAUCUACCUGUUCAUCAAAGAGUAUUCACCACGUCAUUUCUGGUGGUAUCACUUAAUUUGCUGGCUGAUGAGUGCUGCUGGCAUCAUUUGUAUCCUUGUUGCUCAUGAACAUUACACUGUAGAUGUCAUCAUAGCUUACUAUAUCACUACACGACUCUUCUGGUGGUACCACUCAAUGGCUAAUGAAAAGACUCUAAAGGUUUCUUCGCAGACAAAUUUUCUCUCUCGAGCUUGGUGGUAUCCAAUAUUUUAUUUCUUUGAGAAGAACGUGCAAGGAUCUGUUCCUUGCAGCUUCUCCUGGCCAAUAUCUUGGCCUCCCAGCUGCUUCAAAUCUUCAUGCAAAAAGUAUUCACGGGUUCAGAAAACGGGAGAAGACAAUGAAAAAUCUACCUGAAGAAAAGAAAAGCAUCUGCUCUGUUUUUUACCAAAAUAUUAAUGCUGUAACCAAAGUUCUCAAGAGGACUAUAUUGUAACUGAAGAAGUGGACCAAACGUCUGUGCAAUUGAUUGGAAAUAAAUUGUAGACAUGUAUAUUGCCAUUUCAUAUUAUUUUCCUGUGAUCACAUGGUGCAGCGUGAUGUGCUAAUAGAAUGCACCGCUGAUGGGAUUUUUCCUUAAAGAAAAUGGAGCAGGACUUUGCUUUACAAAUGAGAUAGAGGUGCCAAAGACCUUAUUAACACUUUCAUUGCUAACUAUCACUUGUCUCCAGAAGCACCCAAAAAUCUCAUUCUCAGAGUUCUGGAGUGUAAGGGCCAAAACAUGCUGAAAUACGGAAGCAUGAUAUCCAUGUAUUGAAGUAUGCAAAAAAAGAAAAACAAACAAAAAAAAACACAAAAACACACAGUUAUGGGAAGUGGUUUGUUGCAUUAUCCUUCUAAUGAAGGUAAGACCUUUGUGUGACUAGUACAGCUUGGAAGCAAGUCUUGACUUUUUUUACCUUCUGUGGGUAUGGCUAUCUUAUGACCUAAAAUACUGCUACCACUACCUUCAAUAUAUCCUACGAUGUACCAAUUUUUACAUUUUUAUUAGUAUUUUAUAUUUAAACUGUUGUGCUACCUGAUGACUUUGCAAAUUAAGAAUAGCUGCUAACAUCAGAGCUCAAGGAGCCUAGAACUUUAUUUUUUAAAAAGGGCACAGUUUCAAAGUCUAAAUCUUUAACUGCAGUUUGGCCUUGUGUCUGUAGCUAUACUGUUUGUGUAUGUAUAUGCAUACACACACAGAAGCACAUGCUGAUGUGAAGGUAGACAAGUUAAACAAAACUACUUAACUGAACAAGAGUGCUCAUACUGUUCUUCAUUCAGGCAGAAGUCCCAUUGAUGUCACCUGCUUGAGAGACCGGAUCUGGAAUGGGACUGUAUUUAAAAUAAACUUUAACUUUUAGUAGCUAUUUCCUGUUGAAACUACGUAGCAAGUUUGCUUGGGAGCCAUAGUUCUGCAUUUAAUUUGAUUUUUGUACCUUUUGACGCAUUUUUGUGAUUAAAAAAAAAAAAGCUAAAGUAAAUGCCUACAACAGGAGCAUUUCUUGAAUUAUUAUGUAAAACCAUUUGGGAUUGCAUUUCACUGUGGUAUAACUCCAAGUGCAAAUUCUUCUUUUUGUCCUGGUUUUAGUUCAAUGAGGAUGGCUAUAUAUGCAUGUUGGCUAAGAAUGUAAGAAACUACCAGUGUAAACACGUAACAAAAAUGCCAGUUAACAACUACCUGGUUCUUGUUGUUUUCCAUUGCUUUGUAUUGUUGCAAAAGCCAACUAGAAAACUAACAUACUAUCCUUACCAAUUCAUUUCUGCAGUUAAUUCUUUUUUUCCAAGUCUACAAGUUAAGCCUGAUAGCAGAGCAAAAGCUGCAUUAAGAGUUGAAGUUAUACUAGUAUAAAGGAAAUAGUGUUUAUUUUAAAAGUGUCUUGAAUUGAGUGACAAGUAUGAACAUAGUUUAUGAAAAUUUGUUUUUAAAAUAGUGCAGUUAAAGUAUUAAAAUGCAAUACAGAUUAUUCAAAUAUAUAUUUUGUUUUAGUUAAGGGGAUCAAUAACUAAGUUGUACAUAAAAAUGUUAAUGUUCUUCUCAAAUCUUUGUGCGUUAUCAAAGUACAAUACAAUAAAAAAAACAUGUUCCUUACAAUACAUCCUUGGUAAAAACUUAGCAAGAAAGAAAUUCUGCUCAUGUUUGUUUUUAUUUUAAAUAAGAUGUUCAAAAUUUUCGAAUAUGCAUCGGGAAUUUGUGUGUGUAAACAUGGCUGUGUAUUUGCUUGCUCUUGGCAGAACUUCAGUAACUAAAAGGCUGGUAUCAAAACACUUCCACAAGAGUACAAAUGAAUUAAUUCAAUGAGAGACUAUACAUUUCACAAGAUGGUGUUAGAUCAGUGUAACUUCACAGAGCAUGACAUUUUCUGAAGCUGAAUACUGGCUUUGAUAUCUUAAAUAUGUUAAUCUUAAGGCAGUUCUAGUAAUACUCCUAGAAAUCAUGAAUGGAUAUCACUACUGUUACCUGUGCCUUGAAAAUAACGUGAGGUAAAGCAUUCCAGUAAGGAGCUUAAGCAGUGGUAUUCAUCUGGUGGCUGAAUAAUAAAUACUUGAAUAACGUAGAUAACUAAUUGCAUAGCCACCGCUGUGUCUCAGUGGGAUUUCUGUAAUGUAUCUGCCAACCAGGAUUCCUUCAUGCAGGAUUAGGUGGGCUUUCCUGUUGCAAUGAGGGAAAACAUGGAAGAAGAAAAAUGGAACAAAGUAAAAUUUUGCUUUUGUUGAUUAGUAUGAGCUUUUCAUUCUGCUGCUGAAUUUGAUAGAAACUUCUGUUGUAAUGCAGAAGGAAAGUAAAUGACAGCCCUAGCUCAAAGUACUUGAUUACUGUUCUAGCUCAGUUUCACCUUAGGUGCUUAACUUUACUGCACUGUAUCAAAUGCCUCAAAAGGGUGUGUGCUUACUUUACAUUUAAAAAAAGAAUUCCUCUACUAUCUUUAUAGCUUUAGAUUGUUCUUGCAAACAUAGCGCAGAUGUGCUUGAAGACUUUUUAUGCCUAUGUAUAUAUGGUGAUGAAGUAGGGUAACUAAUUACUUACUCAACAAUGCUUACAGCUGUAGUAGUCUAUCAAUACAAAACAGCUGGUAAAUAAAAGUUAUUUUAAGAACUUAGAUUAUCAUAUAUAGUUUCUGUGAGGUAGAAAAUAGGAUUUCAUCUUAGGGGGGAAAAGGAUUACAGUGAGUGAAAACAGAAUAAUAUUUGGAUUAUCUUAAUGUACCAGACACUUGGCCUUCACAGCCCAAAUAGGCUUAUAGUCCACUGUUUUUCGUUAUGUCUUUGUAAGUAUCUUUCCUGGAGUUAUGAUGAUCUCUUACAGAUGUCACGAGCUGCAGCUGUACUGUGACUAAAUAAAAUCUUCCUUCUCUCUACUGAAGAGCAUCUAUAUGUUGAACUGUGUAGGCACUUUAAAAACAAAACAAAGCUACAGUUGUGCUUGUGCCAUAUCAGUGUGAUUUGAAUGCUGUUGGGUGUUCUGCCUUUACGAAUCAGACUUCCUGGAAGGCCUAACUUAAGAAAUCCUGGUUUUAAAUUUAAUUACCGAGCUGGGAUUUAAAAGGUUAACUCCAACAUAGAAAUGAGCUGCUAUGUGAUAGUACUGCAGAUGCUUAUUUCCAAGAAAAGGUGCCAGCCAGAAAUGACAAGCACACUUGGAAGCACUUUGAACUGACAUUUCUGUGUGCUUAGCGCUCCCCUGUGGACGUAAAUGUUAAUCAUUGUUAGUCAUUCUCCUUUGCUGUUUUCUUGGAAAGAUAGCUGCAGCUGGGGGAGUAACAAAAAGCUGUGCUAAACGUUGCUAUGAACUCUAGCGUUGGUUUUCUUCCUUCCUGCCCAGCCCCACUUUGCUUUUCUUUUUUUUAAGUAGGGGAGGGAAAAACUUUAAAACCUUGGAGACCUUCAUGUAACUGAGAAACAAAGCUCUAUUAGUAAAGACGAAACUAGAGGGUAUCUUAGGACAUGAGAGAGAAUUCUUUUAAGAGGAUUUGCAGUAAUCUCAUUAUCUGUUUCUUAAAUCUGAAUCUGUUCAAACUUUCACCCAUUGUUAGUGCCUGGCUAGACAAUUUAUCCUACAAAAGUCUGGUACCAUACCAAAUUCUUUGUCCCAUUUCAUUAGACAUGAAGUAUGAUUUCCAAUUCUGAGAUCAGAUUCAUUCAUUUCAAUGCAAGGUGAAGUCUUGCACUUCAGCUUGUGGGAAGGUUCCUUUAAGCUUUUUCUUACUAAAACUAUCUUAAAGACUCAGAGGGUAUAAUCUUAAAUACUUGCUCAGUAUAUUAGAUAUGAUCAAAUGCUUGGAACUGGUUUUUACUAUUGGCUAACUUCAGGCGUAGAGUUCUGUACUCAUCUUUAUUUUCUUUAACAUUUUGAACUCAGCUAGGAGUCUUCUACAGAUGCACGAUGCUAAAAUGAUCUGUAAGAGUGAAUGUAGACUGGGCACUAAAACUAGUGUGAUGACAGUUCAGUUUCAAGAGAGGGGAAAAAAGAAGAAUCUUGAAGAAAAAUACUUCUGUUGACCAUUUUUCCAAAUGAUUGUCACUGCUCAAGAGUACAUGAAAAUGUGUGCCACUGAAGUAACAUUAAGCCUUUUCUGUUACUUUAUGAUGCUUCCCAGUGCAAGGUAAUAGUGCUAAGAUGCUGAGAAUGAGCACAAAUGAAAAUUCUGGACUACAGACAUCUUAAGCAAUUGGAAGCACACGGGGUGUGCCUGUGUGGGGGUAGUCUGCUUUGUAUAUGCAGCAUUGGAUGCAGAACACAGGUUUCUCUUCAUUCUGGGAGGAAAGACUAGGUUGUGUCUGCUUAGUAGGCUGAGCCAUCUUAGCUUGUUCUUUUUGGACCCUCUUAGACCAAGGGCUCAGUGUGGAAGGCAAUAAUAGCUAGAAAACGUAACAUAGAUUAAAAAGAGAAAACUUAGGAAAAGGACUGAAAAGGGGAACUGUUAUAAAGACAAUUCUAAUUCAACACUAUCUGAGCUGGUGUUAUUUCAAGCAUGUGAGUUGCACUAAAAGUCAAUGCGUCUGCAAAUUUUAGAACUCUGUUAGAGGACAGCAGGAGUGCUGAGAAUACAAAGCGGAAUUUUAUCUCCCUGCUUACUUGUAACUGCACUGGUGAAUUUUAUGCAUAUGGAAUUUAAGCAGAAUUUUGAAACUUCAUCACAUCUUCCACCUUGGAUAGUGCGUCAGGGCUUCUUUAUUUCUGUUGAAGUUGGUUUUACAUUCUAAUUUUUCAUAGUUUGUGGCCAUUCAAAAUGGUGCUUAUGUGUAGCAUAGGCUGCCUGUGUUCCUGUCUUCUCCUGCUUCUGUUGCUUUCUAAAUAGCUUGAUGCUGAGUAAUGUAAUAGACAUUUAAGAAGGCUCUAAAAUUACCAAUAAAGCCAAAAGAUAUUCUUGUCAGACACACACCUGCACUACUGAAAUUACUUUCAGGUACAAAACCUAACAUUCUUUGUGUCAGAAAUCACUUGCAUUGAGAAAUUCUUGCUCUGUGGAUGUUUUAUGUUAGUGGGUUUUUUUUUUGUUUUGUUUUUUUUUUUUGGUUCUGACUUAAGAUAGCAUGUUUGAGGUAUGAUAAAGAUGAGGUCUGGUUGUUUUGUUGAGAUCAGGGUUGCAGCCAGAAGCCUGAAAGCAAAAGAAAUAAUUUUCUGAUGGCUGCAGUUCUUGCUGUUUCCAUGUGACUUUGAGGAGAGCUUUAGAGGCUUAAGCAGGACAUUCCUUUCGACUGCAGUGCUGCAGUGUGGUUUUCAUUCUCAUCAACCAGCAGCUUUUUUGGCAUCAUUUUUUCCUAGGUUGAAUUCCUAGCUUUGAAUGUUAAUUGGAGCUAUGCAUCCACCCUGAGAAAAAACUGUGCUGGGAAAGCUAUUGCCUGCUUAAUAGCUGAAGAUGGUAAAACAGGAGUGCUGUGGUUUGUGCAUGCUAAGGAGCUAAUAUAUGGGCUUUUUCUUUUUUCCUUCCAGUUUUGGGGUCCAGUUUUGCAAACGCUGUACAGCAUAACACUUCUUUAACAUUGGUACUACAUUAGGCCUCGUGUGCUGUAGUUUUUACUGAUAGUUGCCAGCAGGAGCUCCUUUUCUUGUGAUUUAUUCACAAUUAACAAGAGUUGGCUCUUAAACUGUAAAAUGUUGAGAACAUUAUGAUGUUUCCUAGCACGUCAACUAUUUUUUGUUAAGCAGAUGACAACUCAGUGUUGUAGUUUGCUGUAUGCCAUGAGAUACUGGUGUUGUGAUUUGUAAGACAUUGCAAUCUGUGUUCACUGUAUAUUAAAAAAAUUGCACUGGCUGUACUUAAAAAAAAAAAAGCAAUAAUGUAAGCAUCUUAUAGCUUAUAUCAUAAAAGGUGCUAUCUGUCAUGAUCACUUGCAUUGUUGACCAUGAAUUUGGUGAAAAUGUCAAAGAAAUUUGUUCUAUGUGGUUUGCUCACUUGGCACGUAGAAGUUGAAACUUUAUGGUCAAUGUAUGUACUAAAGAAAUGAAAUUCUUGGAAUUACUUACAUGACCACAUUCAUCUUUCAAAAAAAAAAAUCAGAAACUAUGUCCAUCUAUGGUGCUAAUAAUCUCAAAAAUUAUCAAGAGCUGGUAUUCUCUUAUUGCCCGUGAACACUAAUCAGAGCUGUUUUGACACCUUUUUCAAUAAAGCAAUUUCUCUAUA